AAGUCGACGCCAUUACGCCCAUUCUAGUGUGAGAUGUCUCGUCUCUCGCUGCUUGCUUGUGUACCUCAUUUGCGGAUUUGGUUGCAUGCUCAUAGAACGAAUAAUAGUAGUAUACUCAAUGUUCAUGGCCAUAUCUUUAAAGAACUGAUCAAGGGAUCAAUUAAAAACCCCAAACUUAUAAAGAAGAGCUCCUAUCGAGUCCAAAACUAGUCUUACAAUCUCGCAGUUAAAUACUAUUCGAAUGUCACAUCAAACAGACACAUGGACUUCACGGGGAAGGUCGCUUUAGUGACCGGAGGCAGUUCUGGUAUAGGAGCUGCCUGCGCUAAAUUGCUAGCCAUCCACGGAGCACAAGUCGCUUUGAUUGGACGUGAUGAACAUAGACUUAAUAAAAUUGGAGAAAUAUGCCACAACGCCAAAGGCAUACCGCCUCUACUGCUGAAAUUAGAUCUGACAGAAGAUGGGAAGUGUCAAGAGGCUGUUGAAAAUACAAUCCAGAAAUUCGGGAGACUCGAUGUUUUAGUGAAUUCAGCAGGAAAAUGCGAGAUCGGAUCUCUAUUGGACGAGACCACAGACGUCUUCGAUAAUCUAGUAAAACUAAAUCUCGGAGCUACAUACAAAAUGACACAUUGUGCUUUGCCGCAUCUGAUAAAAACGAAAGGGAAUGUAAUCGUCAUCGCAGCGAUGUUAUACAAGAAGGUCAGACACGGUUUUGUACCAUUUGACGUAGUGAAUGCUGGAUUGACCAAAUUCAUCAAGUCCGCUGCAGUCGAGUUGGCCACUGUCGGAGUGAGGAUUAAUGCUGUGAACAUUUCAGUGACGAGAACAAAUAUAAUGUCGAAUAUUAAUAUCGAAAGUCCGGAGGAGAGGGAAUCCGCGUAUAGAGUACUUGAAAGUGUUAGUAGAAUCAAGAUAUUGGAGCCAGAGGAAGUUGCAAGGAUGGUUGUUUUUAUUGCUAGUAAUAUGUGCCCGAGUAUGAGUGGAGCUAAUGUUUGUAUAGACAGUGCGGCUACGUCGAUGUAGUAGACCGUAAAUACAUACUUGUUAUAUUGAAUAAUAAAUACGAAUUCAAACUAAA